AUGUCAGAAGAACAGGAGAAUAAGUAUGCAUAUCUCCUUAAACCUAUCAAGGAUUUGGAGCAAAAUUUUGAUGUUGACAUCAUAACUGUUUUGGAUGGAUACGCUCAAGAAUUACAAGCUCUAGUUAAUCAGCAACAGUUCGAAGUCGAAAAUGCUCACAGGUUUAAUUUUGCGGAAGCAGCUAUGUUAAUUCAAGGAACUGUUAGUGUCUUUGGAAAGAAAGUAGAUCUUGUGUUUAACGAGGCUUUCAACUUUAUGGAAUCUCUCAAAUCAACGAAUAAAUCUAAGAAAGAUGAUGAAGGUUUUGAAAAUGAUGGAGAUGAUGCGUCUGACAUUGAAGAGAGUAACAGCUUCACUGAUCCUUCUUCAUUACAAGAUUUCCGUAACCUGAAGGCAGCGAAUUUGGGUACCAUUACGAUGAAGCAUCGACCAUGUAAAAUCCCCAAAAUUUCCAUUAUGCCUAUGUCGCUUAUGCCAUUAGCUGAUUUUGAAAAAUGCAAUGUUCCUAUCUACUCUCAUAAAAAAAGUAAAGACAUAAUCGGAAAGAAAGACGACUUCAAAAUAAACACUGGUUAUAUAGGUCCCCGGGGUGCCUUGUUAUUGGAUUUGCUAAACGCUCAGAUAUUGGAUGAAUUUGCAAGUGAUCAAUUCAUGCAGCUUGGCAUGCACUGUAGUGACGAUGAAGAUGAAGAUGCACAGAAAGAGAAUGUAGAAGUUGGAGAUAUGGACUCGGGUAGAGGAACUCCGGACGACGACGUCCAAGAAGAAAUUGAGCUCCCCUCUUAUGAUGGGCCUGAGGGUAGACCGUCCAAUUUUAUUGAGCAAUGCAGAAGGGGAACUGGGGAUAACUUAUGCCUAGCCAGACCGAGUACUGUGUUGCGAGAAGAUGCUAUGGAAUGCAUGGAUAACAGUGGAUUUGGAGACGUGGACCACUUUCAUGAACCUUCUCUCCCCGCUCGCAAAGCUGACCCAUGGGAGGUUGUGGAUGACGUGGAGCCAGACCCUUUACAAGAGAAAUAUAUUGAUCCUUAUGAGGAAGUUAAUUGGAAACGACAUCCAACAAAAGUCGUAAACUGUUUUACUCCAUCUCAACCCCAAAUCGAGAAAAAACGGAAGCUUGACAAAAAAAUUGAUAGCAGACAAAGAACGAUGCAGACGAUUCAGUAUAUAAACGAGCAUUUUUAUAUGAAAUCUCACAAAGAAAGACUGAAUUUGAAUAAGGGAGAUGACUGGGAAACCGAUGCCUUAUUCCGAUACAUUGUUCAAAGACAAAAAGAGAGAGCCAUAGUUAAACGAGAGAAAAUUGCUCAACGAAGAAGGAGAGUGAAUAAUAAAGUUGCUGCACAAUUAGAAGAAGAAGAAGAUAUCCUUGGCGGUGCAUAUGAAAACGACGAUGUUGAAGACGAACAAAAUGUUGGAACUCAGAAUCUACCUUCUCAGCCCAAAGCUAUCCUCUUCCAAGAUAUUGAUGAUGAUGAGCUGAGAAAUGCUAUGAAUAUACCUUCUUUGUAUAUGGGAAGACAACCAACGAUGGCUAAUAUACAUGAGAGGGGCAACGAUAUUCACGUGAAUCUUGGGGACAAUCGUCCGACAUCGGACAUGACAACAGAAGAAAUUCUCAAUUUCUACAUGAAUAAGUACUGGACUUCUGCUCAGGAAGCUACUUCUCGGUUAGCGGCUCGUGUCCAAGACUGGGAGGAACGGAUGGUCCCGUUAUUAGAAGAAGAAGAAACCCGCAAGGAGUUUGAUAUCCAUGAGUAUGGAAGUAAUGCACUUGAUUUGUAUUCGGAUACGGGAGAAACCAAAACUUUCUCAGAGCUAGUAGUCGGGAAAAAGUUCUUCGAAGUUAGUCGAUACUUCUUAGCUUCUUUGAUGCUCGCCAACACUUAUAAUUUGAAGAUUGAAGAUAAUCAGCAGCUAGGCCUGGGAAUGGAAACUAACACUAUGCGAGCUACGUUACUCAAGAAAGAACGACAUCAUGACGUUUUUAAUCAGGAUGGAGCCUUAUAA